AUGAACCUAAGCUUCUUUGAUCAAUUUGCCAGCCCCCAACUAUUAGGAAUCCCACUAAUCCUACUCUCCCUAUUAUUCCCAACUUUACUACUUCCAUCCCCAAACAAUCGUUGAAUCAACAACCGCCUAUCAACCCUCCAACUAUGGUUUCUCCAACUAAUUACUAAACAACUAAUAAUACCCCUAAAUAAAGCAGGCCACAAGUGAGCUCUUAUCCUAACAUCUCUAAUAACCUUCCUCCUCCUUAUCAACCUACUAGGCCUACUACCUUAUACAUUCACCCCAACCACCCAACUAUCUAUAAAUAUAGCACUAGCCUUCCCCCUUUGACUGGCAACUCUCCUAACAGGGCUACGAAACCAGCCAUCCAUCUCCCUGGGCCACCUCCUACCAGAAGGAACCCCAACACCCCUAAUCCCCGCCCUCAUCCUCAUUGAAACUACCAGCCUACUAAUUCGACCAUUAGCCCUAGGCGUACGACUUACAGCCAACCUCACAGCUGGCCAUCUUUUAAUCCAACUCAUCUCUACUGCCACUCUAGCCCUACUGCCCACCAUACCCACCAUCUCUGUCCUAACCGCAACCGUCCUCCUCCUACUAACAAUCCUAGAACUAGCAGUAGCUAUAAUCCAAGCUUAUGUCUUUGUGCUUCUGCUAAGCCUAUACUUACAAGAAAACAUCUAA